AUAUGCAAAAGCGUAAAUACCGUCCUAAAUAAAUUGAAACCAAAAAUGAGAAAAACAUAACAUUAAAUCUCGAAUUAUAAAAACUAAAGGCUAUAUAUAUGGAAAAUAUAAUAGGAAUUCCCCAAGAGCCCACAUAUUACCGUGCAUUUUAAAUAAACAUAUUCCCCGAAUAAUUAAACAUUGAUGAAUAAAAUGAAGAAUCAUAAAAUAAAGCAGAUUUUUUCAUAUGUUUAGGCUUUAAUAUUCCCCUAGAAUAUCCUGAAGAAAUGCCCAAAAUUCAAGUUAAAACUUACAAAGGAUUUGAUAAAUACGACAUUUAGCUUUUAUAGGAAUAAUUAUUUGAGUUUGCUUUAAAAAAUACUGGUAAGGAAAUGUUUUUUGAUUUAAUAGAAUUCGCUAAAUUUUAUAUAAGUAAUAUACAUUAAGAAUAUUUAGAUAAAGUUUAAACAUACAAAACAAAAUAAUAUAUAGAAUAAUAUUUUAAAAUAAAAAAAUAUAUAUAAAUAGGAAAAGAUACAUAAUAAAAUGAUUUAAAUGGAAGUUUAAUCUAAAUAAUAAAAUAUUAUUAAUUAAUAAUAAUAAGAGGAAUUUCAUUAAUAAUAAUUUUAAUAUUAUUUUAAUACAAAAGAGAAAAAUUUAAUUCGAUAUUUUGAUUAAAAUUGCGAUGAAAAAGAUAUUUUUAUUGUAAACUUAUUAAAUAUUUUGAUUAAAGUAUUCAAUUUUGAAAAAUAUGAAAUCAAUAUUAUUUAAAAUAGUAUUAAUAGUACUAAUUUAUUCGUAAAAGAAAUGAAUAAAGCUCUCCAAAAUGAAUAUUAAUAGGCUUUUUAGCAUAUUUUUUAAUAGAAAUUGCAUAAAGUGUAAAAAAAAGUAUAAAAUUCAAUUUAAAAUUUGCCCUAAAAUCUCCUUAAAGACUUUAUAUAGGGUAUAGGGGGUGAUUUUAUAAAAUAAAAUUAACUUUUUUAAUAUUAUAAAGAACAAUUUUAAUGUAAAAAUUGCAUAAAUAAAAAUAAUUAAAACUUUUAAUCUUUUGAUUAAAAAGAAAACCAAACAUUAAAAAAAGACGAAAAAUAAUAAUAAUAAAAUAAUUUAGAACAAAUUAUUUAAAAUUAAGAAAAUAAUAAAAUAAUCAAUAAUGUAUUAAAUUUUGAAUUAGCAAAUACUGAGAAAAGUAGAUAUUUAACAGAUUUUGAGGAAAUUAAAGUUUUAGGAUAAGGAGCUUUUGGCCAAGUAGUAAAAGUUAAAAACAAAUUAGAUGGAAGAUAUUAUGCUAUAAAAAAAAUAAAAAUCCGCAAAGAAUAAAACAUCUAGAAGCUUAUGAGAGAAGUAACCUUAUUAUCCCAAUUACAUCACAGACAUGUAUUAAGAUACUAUUAAGCCUGGUUAGAAGAAUCCAGUUUAACCGAAGAAACAAACCAAUAAUAACUCAACAGUAAUAGUAAGACUUUUGAUGAAAACUUUUAAUCUUCUUCUUCUAUAUAUAAUACAAAUAUCAAUCCUAAUAAUAAUAUAAAUAUAAACUAUAACAAUAAUAAUUCUUCAUCCUUUUAUGAAUUUUCUUCUUUUAAAAAUUCUUAUGAUGACAACAGUAUAUAAAAAUCCCGACUUUAAAAUUAAAACUAAUAACUCAAUAAUGCAACUAGACUAAUGAUAUUAUUCAUUUAAACUGAAUACUGUCCUUCUACUCUUGCUUAGAGAAUAAAAGAAUAAUACUUCGCUUCUGACCCUAUGGUUGUUUGGUAGUAAUUUCGUUAAAUUCUUGAAGGAAUAAACUAUAUUCAUUAACAAAAUAUCAUCCAUAGGGACCUAAAACCUGAAAAUAUAUUCAUUGAUUCUGUCGGAGAUUAUAAAAUAGGCGAUUUCGGGCUUGCAAAAUCAUAAAAAAACUCAAUUUUUACCAAACAUCAAUACUAUAUAUAAAACCAAGAAAACGAGCUUUUUAACAAACUUAUAAAUAAGCCCUAAUUAACAGCCAAAGAACUCGAAAAUAUAGAUCAUACUUUAAAAGUAGGCACUUAUUUUUACCGGCCUUCCGAAACUUAUAUAUAGGAAGAACAAGCUGAUAUAUAUGCUUUGGGAAUUAUUUUUUUUGAAAUGUGGUGUGAGUUUUCCUCUAAAUACGAGCGUUUUAAAGUCCUUUGUACUUUAAGAAAUAAUCAUUCUUUUCCCAAAAAAUUCGAACAAUGUCAUCCUAAAUAAGUUAAAUUAAUUCAAUGGAUAUUAUAAUUCUCUGCCUAAAAAUGUGAGAAAGUCAGCGAAAUUCUCCAAUCAGACCUCAUGCCGCCUAAAAUGGAAGAUAAUUACAUCCUAGAUGCUUUAAAGACAAUAAAAAAUCCCGAAGGACCACUUUUUAAGCAAAUAGUCGAAGCGAUUUUUAAAAGCAGUCAUUUAUUAAAUAACUAAGAAUAAUAAUUAUAUAAUAAUCUCCCUUAAAAUUUCCAAUAAUUAAACAAUUUCUACACUGCGCAUAUUUAUGAUUAUUUUUUUCAUAAAUAAGUUCUUCAUUUUCCCUCUCCUUAAACUAUAUAAGCCCCAAAAGUUCAAUUAAGGAAUGAUUUAUCGUUUGAAAUUGCAAAAAACCUCACAAACCCUUCUUUUAUGAUUUAAUCGGGAAACAUCUGCUAUUUAAGAUCUAAUAUAAGAGAAAGCUUCAAAAAAAACCUUAAAAAAGUAGACAAUAAAUUCCUCAAAAGCCACCUUUUUAAAAAAUUCGAAGUCGGCCAUGUAUAUAAAUACAUAGAAGACUAAAAAAUAACCUGCCAUUUUAACACUGACUAUGAUUGUGUAUGUUUAUAAGAAGACCUAAAUAUAUACACAAGGGCCGAAACAAUAUUUUUCGCAGUAGAAUUGAUUGAAAAUGCUGGUUUUUUAGUUGAUAAAAUAAGGGUAAAUGAUAUAAAUAUACUAAGGAGUUAUUUAUCUAAAUAAUUAAAAAAAGAACAAAUAAAAAAACUAGAAAAUAUACUAUUUUUAGGAAAUAUAACUUCCCGUGAUGUUAAAAAAAAGAUUAUAACAGAUUUUUAAUUACCAGAAAAAGACUUAGAAAAAAUUAUUACACUUUUAACAAUAAAAAAUAGUUCUAAUGAAGAAAUAAGAAAUGCACUUUCUCAUUAUUUCCCGAUGUGCUAGGAAUAUUUAUCUUAGCUUUCAUAUGUAGAAAAAGAAUUCAAAAAUUAAUAUGUAAACUCUAAAAAUUAUUCUAAUUAGAAUUUCUAUAAAGUCCCGGAAUUCUAAAUAGACUUGUAUCUUUAAUGUAAUGAUUUUGGCUUUAAAGAUGGGCUCUUUUUUGCAAUAGAUAUCUCGACAGUAAAAAAUUAAACAUAUAUGACACCUAUUUUUGGAGGAACUUAUGAUAUUAAAACGACUAAAUAUUCUAAUGUAUGCGAUGUUAUAAUGGAUACAUUAUCUUUCAAAAUCUGGAAACUCAGCAUCGUCAUAAAAUAAAAAUACAAAUAAUAAUAAUAAUAAUAAUAAUAAUAAUAAUAAUAAUAAUAAUAAUAAUAAUAAUUAUAAUAAAUUAAUGAAAAUUAAUAAAUUUAUAAAUAAAAAAUUAUACUAGAAGCUCAUCUAAAGGAUAUGAAGCAAGUUUCUGGUUUUACUUUAAUAAAUGAAGCUUUAAAUUAUAUAAUUUAAUAAAAAUUUGAAAAAAAAUAAUAAAUUAGUCAAUAACUCUUUUUUAAAUAUGAAUGCAUAAUUUGUAGUGUUGGAACAGGUCUUUUAUUUGAAAAACUAAGGUUUCAAUAAUGUUGUUAAAGCAAUAAAGUUAAUGUUCUUAUGUUUAGUUAUAAAAAUGAGUAAUAUUCAUAAGAAGAAUAAUAAAAUUAUGCUGAACUUAAUGACAUUCCUCUUGUAGUUACUCUUACAGAAAAAACAUUUUAAUAAAAGAAAAAGGCAUUUGUUAAAAUUAAAAAAGAAAAAAGUAAAGAAAUGAAUAUUUAAGAAUUUAAUUAAUUCUUAAAUAAAAAUUAUAAGAAUUUAAUUAAAUAAAAUACAUUUUAUAUAUGA